CCAACUCCUGGCACCAUGGCCUGCUGCAACACCAGCUUCUGUGGAUUUCCCAGCUGCUCCACCUGUGGGACCUGUGGCUCCAGCUGCUGCCAGCCAAGCAGCUGCCAGACCAGCUGCUGCCAGCCAAGCUGCUGCACAAACAGCUGCUGCGGGACCGGUGGUGGCUUUGGCUGUGGCAUCGGCGGUGGCCAGGCAGGUGGCUGUGGAGCUGUGAGCUGCCGCACUAGGUGGACCCGCCCAGACUGCCGCGUGGAGGGCACCUGCCUGCCCCCCUGCUGCGUGGCAAGCUGCACCUCACCAUCCUGCUGCCAGCUGCACCACUCCCAGGCCUCCUGCUGCCGCCCAUCCUACUGUGGACAGUCCUGCUGCCGCCCAGCCUGCUGCUGUUACUGCUGCCAGCCCACCUGCUGUGAGCCCACCUGCUGUGAGCCCACCUGCUAA